AUGUUCCUCCUUCCUCUGGGUGCUCUUACCUUGGCGGCAUUCACGCUCGCCCAGGAUGCUGUCAAUCCACUCUCCUACCAAUCCAACAAAACCUCGUCGAGAAUCACUUUGAACGACAUUACCCCUCAGACAGAUGAAAGCACCGGUCUGAUAAAGUGCUGUCCUAUCGGAACCCUCUUCGACGGAAAAAACUGCGUCUUCCCUAAUCAGGGCGCAUGUCCUCCAGGGUUUUCAUUGCAGGACGGUGUUUGCAUCUUCGAGAAGCCCAUUGAUUGUCCUCCGGGUUCGGAGUUGUUCGAUGGAUCCUGCGUCGACAACACAGGUGCGCUCUGCCCGUCCCCUUCUCAGUGGGACGCUGCAACCAGCACUUGCAUUCACAAACAAGAGCCUACUUGUGAUGAAGGAUGGUUUAAUGGCGUCAACUGCGUUACUCAACAAGACCCUCAAUGUCCUACGGGGUAUUCGUUCAGUGGAAGUGUCUGCAGCUCCCAAAGCCAGCUUCAGUGUCCGGCGAAUACUUACUUCGAAAAUGCUUCCCAGCUGUGCGUCCACAAGCAGGAGCCAACGUGCGAGAAGGGAAUAUUCAAAAAUGGGGUAUGCGUCACCAGCGAGAAGCCUGAGUGCCCAUCAAACUUUAUCUUCCAGGACAACUCCUGCGUGAGCACCAUCAAGCCCGACUGUGGUCCAAAUGCAAACUUUGACGGCAAGGUCUGUCGGUUAACGAUCUCUCCGCAAUGCACGACGGGCGUCUAUAAAGAUGGCUUCUGUAUCUCGACUUCAAAGCCGUUUUGUUCAAUGGGUUACAAUGUUGAGGGCGACUUGUGCGUCAAUGAAAAGCCUGCAGCCUGUGAGGCCGGCUACAACCUUGCGACCGACAACGUGAGUGGUAAUCUGGCCUGCUGUCCGUUUGACUCGACGCUCUCCGGUGGCCUCUGCAAGUCUACGCCCAACACAAACGGCGCAUGCCCCUCCGGGGCCCAACUCCAAGGUAACGAGUGUGUUUUUACCCCGGACCACACCCCCCAAUGUGAUCCCGAUGAUAUCUUCGACGGAAAGCGCUGCUUCUUUGACCUGAAGCCAAAGUGUGACCAGGGUGUCUUGACCUCCGGCCACUGCGUGUUGGAAAUCAAGCCUAUCUGCCAGGGUGGAAUUUACGAUGGCAAAGGUGGCUGCAUUUUGAAUGAGGCUCCCAAAUGCCCUGAGACUACAGUGCUCAGCGGCUCUGUUUGUGUCCUCCAGGGCCAGCUCAUUUGUCCUGAAAACUCCGUUCUUCAGGAUGGCUUCUGUGUCAUCAACUCCAACCCAUUCUGUCCAUUUGAUACAAAAUUCAACGGUCGACUCUGUGUCACUGGCCGUCCUGGUUGCCCUGAAGGCUCAACGCUAAGCGGAGACCUUUGCGUGCUCAAGGAAACUCCACGUUGCCAAAAGGGAACAUUCAACGGGAAAGACUGCGUACUCGAAACCCCCCCUCUUUGUCCGAAGGGAUAUGUUCAACAAGGCAACAGAUGCCUCGGCAACGAUGGGCUAAGAUGCCCCCCCAACACAAUCUGGGACGGAUCCCGGUGCAAGAUCGAACGCCAGCCCGAAUGUCUACCCCCAUACACCCGCCAGGGAAACAAAUGUCUUCUCUUUAGGGCGGUCCAGUGUCCACCAGGAAUGGUCUUUGAUGGAACCAACUGUGUCAAUUUCGAAACUAUCAGGUGCCCGGCCCCAGGCGUCUGGGACGGAAAGAUCUGCCUCACAAAUCACAGCCCCAAGUGUCCGGAUUACACGGUCCUUGUCGGUGACAAGUGUGUCUCCAAGACAGCACCAGAAUGCCCAUCUGGUACCAAGUGGAACGGUCAGAUUUGCAUCGCCAUCGACCCCCCGAGAUGCCCGUUGGGCAUGCGUUUGGAGAACGGAAAGUGCACGUCGGCCUCACAGCCAGGUUGCCCGCCGCCGUUUGCCUACCAUGAUGGAGGCUGUGUUUAUGUCAACCACAAGAUCUGCCCGCAGGGGUCAACUUGGGAUGGAGCUAAUUGCAUUUUGACGAUUGUCCCUACCUGCUAUGAUCUCACCAUAUGCCCUCCUAACGCUGUACUGCGCUAA